UUCUUGGCUGCAACAGAAAUUUAAUAACACAGAUUACAUAAAAAUUGUAGUUAUACACAGAUUAAAAAUUAACUGCACGUCAGAAUGGUGGUGGAGAAAGAGGCGACCUUGCAUUUGGACAGCGAAAGCAUCGAAGUCGAAGAAGAGCAGCAGACGGACGAGGAUCGUCUGGACAAGUUCAAGGUAAGGCUCAACGGCCAGCAUGAUCUGGAGCAGCGGCUAAAGGACUUCAAAGCGGCCUGCGAGGCCCACGAAAAGCAUGCCCGGCGUCACCGGCGAAAACGCUACUACCAUCUGGGCCUGAUGGCCAAGUUGGUGUGCGAGACUACGCACGACGAAAUGCGUCGUAUGCUUGAAAACGGAACCUACACAUUUCACGUGGACACGGUGGCAAAUAAGCCCGAUGAACUGACGACCAUUUUGGACACCAUGAACAUAGCCAUUUCUGCGCAUUCCGUGGAGAGAGAGCUCCGGCUAACUACCGGCCUGGCCGUUGAGAUCAACGGUGAGUGCUGCCGCGUCGGUCGACUGAGAAACAACUGCACCGUAAUGAUGGUAAGGGGCUCAGUAGUCACUCUGACCACGGAUGAUGCCUACCGCUAUCUGGGGUUUAAAGAGAUCGUUUACGUAAUCAACCUGCGAGCUUAUCUCAGCUCGGUGCAACUAGGCGACAUCCUGAUGAUUGGCAAGGAAGUCAGGGGUCGUGUGGUUAAGACACUUCGCGAAGCCCUCGCCGUGAUGAUCAUUGAUCCGGGCCUGCUCGCCUCCUACGAUUUCAUAGAGCUACCCCGUCAGUGCCACGCACUGUCGCCGGAGGUUUAUCCCGACCUGUACAUGAAAGACCUCAAGCUGGCAGAGUCCCUCAACGCAAACUACGUUAUUUUGCCCAAGAUCCGAUGCAAGAACUUCCUGCGGGCCGUGAGAGAUAGCCUCAACGCCCAAUUCAAACUGAAGCUAAUAGGGAUGAUCGAUUUCGAGUACAUUCGCAGCAACAUGCUUGAUCUGCUGGGCAUCAUCAAGCUGGUGGACUACAUCUGGAUACCGGACAUGUUCAACGUCAACUGCUGUGUUUACAACUACAUCAUGGAGGAUGUGAUGCCCAUUUCGCACUGCCAGAACAAGCCUGUCAUUGGCACAGUUCCCCUUGAGCGCUGCAGUGACUUUAAGCGAUACGAGCUGCACGAAUUCCUUUGGAAGAUCGAUGCGAUCCACAUACAGAAGAGUCCCUGGUGCAACAAGUACCCGCUGAUCGUCAAGAAACUGAUGCCUAUCAAGGACUACCGCGUGGGCGUGGUUCAGAACAAGAUGAUGCUGAAGCACAUUCUGACCUCCUACCAGACAAUCGUUAACUUCAUCAUCCGUACCAUCUGCUCCAUUGAGUGCCAGGCGAUCUUCCUUUUCAGCAGGUGCGAAAACGCAAGUGUUGCGCUUUCGCGCGUAGAAAUCUACUGUCCGGUGUACCUGAUGAUGCCGCUCGAGGAGACGGACGACGAAGAUGCUAUCAACUGCAAACUGGACCUGGCACGGGCACUGCAUCUUCGCCGUAAUAUGCAUCCGGUUUUGUACACCAAGGACGUCAACGAAUGCAACUACAAUCCCAUUGAGUUUGGGGUGGAUUUCAUGCGAAAGAAAGGUUGUCUGGAAGUGGGCGACUUUGUGGUAACACUGGAAGUGGGCAUGGAGGACAACGAGAACGUGACCCUCGGUAUUGGCGACGAUGUUUGCAUUCUUCGAGCCUUCUAUGUGGCUCCACUCCUAGCCUGCGAGAAGUUCAAAUACGGAAGCUAGCUUUCCGAGGUGCUAGUUAUGUAGAUUAUAUAGUGUUAACUCUAAAUUAUAGGUAUUACGAGUUA